CCGAACGCGACUUGCAAUCGAAAUUCGCAACAUCACAAAGCUGUCAGCCUCUGAUCAUGACGCUGCACGCAGACAGGAGUGCUGCCCCACCGACUCGAGACGGCAGUCACGCAUCGCAUGAAGCCAGCAGUCACACGAAUGGCUCACCAGAGAGCUCUCGAACGGUCAAUCUGACCAGAUUGCAGCCGCGACCCGAGCAGUGGCAAGACAAGGCGAUCAUAUGGUUCGAUAUCGACAAUUGCUGCUACUCGAGAUCAGCAGGCAUAGAUCAACGCAUGGGCACACUCAUCCAAGCCUACUUCGAACAUCUCGGCUUCCCCAAGCAAGAGGCGACUGAGCUGCACCAUCGAUACUACACCGAGUAUGGGCUCGCUAUACGCGGAUUGGUCAGGCAUCACAAGAUAGAUCCGCUCGACUAUGAUGCAAAGUGUGAUCGCGCUUUGCCACUCGAAGAGAUACUCAAGCCUGAUCCUCAGCUUCGUCGGCUGCUGCAAGACUUGGAUCGCAGCAAGGUCAGAGUCUGGGCUCUCACGAACGCGUAUCACCAUCAUGCAACUCGCGUUCUGACGCUCCUGGGCGUCAUAGACCAAUUUGAAGGUGUCUGUUCAUGCAACUAUGCACAUCCGACCUUCAGCUGCAAGCCAGAGCGCGAGUUCUACCAAGAGGCGAUCGACUACACGGACCAAGCAGAUGUCUCCCGGCACUACUUUGUGGACGACUCUGCACUCAAUAUCCGGGGCAGCAAAGCCAUGGGCUUCGCCUCUUCUGUUUGGUUCGACGAACACGGCAAGGGGACAGAGAAAUCCGGCGAUGCUACCAUUCGCAAUCUGCAGGAGCUUCGCACUCUUUGGCACCCGUUCUUUGUCAAGGCCUGACGCGCACGGACAACUCUGCAACUCGUAACGCACGCGACCGCCGUUGACGUGUCGACCCCACUCUCGCGACGGAUCCAGGUUCCCUGACCUGUUGCUCGCUCGCCAAUCAUCUCGACGAGAAUGCGGACCGUCUUAUUAGCUUCCCUGAUCAGUGCCACACUCGUUUUAGCUC